CGUGUCAUUAUCAUCCACGUCAGCACUUCCCACCUAUAAAUUAUUCCCGCCAAUAGCCAAAUCCCAAAACAAUCUACCAACUGAACGUCUGAACCGAGUCCACCAUGAAUACCAAUACCUCCACUCUCUUCUUCUUCCUCCUCUCUCUCCUCUGUUUAUCUUCUUCUUUCGCAAAAAAGCCUCAGGCUUCGAGUGGCUCGACCAUCUUGUUCACGACGUUAGGAAGGCCCACUUUCGAAUUCGACCUCUUCACUCUCCCCACGAGCCAUCGUCCGCCGUCGCCUUCCGAUGAGCACCGUAUCACCGCCGGAAAAUCCAUUCAUUUCAACGGCCAUUUCGCAUCUCCGUCGCCAGCGCUGAUCUCCCUUAUUCCAAAAAAUUCUGGGAUCCAUUCACAAGAUCCGUCUCUUCUCCAUCUCAUCUACGUCACCGAGAGAUACGGCGCGCCUACCUUAAGCUACGACGUCGUUCAAGCCGAUUACUCUAAAACCAGUGCUCAGGUUCCGUUAUUGCCAGAGCUGCAGAGUGGCAUGACUGUAAAUUCGAUGAAAGACACGCCUGUUUUAACCAACGAGCAUCUCGUUUACGUGUCGACACACGAGGAACCGGGUAAGCCCAAGGCGAGCUGGGCCGCCGUCUACUCGACCGAGUUACGAACUAGAUCCACUCGCCGGCUUACACCGUAUGGAAUCGCCGAUUUCUCUCCGGCGGUGUCUCCGUCUGGGAAGUGGACCGCCGUGGCUUCGUUCGGAGAGAAAGGCUGGAUUUGGAGUUUUGUAGAGAAGGAGAUUGGUACGGAUAUAUACGUUUUCCUAACUCGGGAUGGGACUCAGCGAGUCAAGGUUGUCGAGCAAGGCGGGUGGCCGAGAUGGGUAGACGAAUCGACUCUGUAUUUCCACCGGAAAAGCGACGACGGCUGGAUCAGCGUGUACCGGGCGAUUUUACCCAAAUCUGGACCGGUUUCCACCAAAUCGGUUACGGUUCAGCGAGUCACACCACCGGGUAUUCACGCGUUCACACCCGCCACGUCACCGAACAACAACAACUUCAUCGCGGUGGCUACGAGAAGGCCAGGAACGGAGAUCCGCCACGUGGAACUUUUCGACUUAAAGAAGAACGAGUUCGUCGAGUUGACUCGUCUCGUAUCGCCGAAGAGUCACCACUUCAACCCGUUUCUUUCCCCUGACUCGUCCCGAGUCGGAUACCAUAGCUGCAGAGGCGACGCAACCGGACGAAACGCUCCUCGGAAUCUCCUCCAGAACCUCAAAACCACUUCGAAAGACCUCUCUCUCUUCAGAUUCGACGGUGCGUUCCCGUCUCUCUCGCCGCAAGGUGACCGAUUCGCGUUCGUCACUAACACCGGCGUUUACGUGGUGAACCUAGACGGUUCCGGUCGUCGCCAAUUGCUUCCACAAAUGGGAUUUGGAACUGUUUGGGAUCCAGUUCGAUCUGGAAUCGUGUACACAAGCUCAGGUCCCGCCUUAAUUCCAGGGAAAUCUCAAAUCGAUAUCCUCGCCAUUAACGUCGAUGCACCCGAUCCUUCAACCGCCGUUAGAAAUCUAACGACUACCGGCCAGAACAACGCCUUUCCGUGGCCAUCACCCGACGGAAAACGUAUCGUGUUCCGUUCUGCUCGGUCCGGUACAAAAAACCUCUACAUAAUGGACGCAGAGAAAGGUGAAACCGGUGGUUUGUUCAGGUUAACCAACGGUAAUUGGAGCGACGUGAUAGCCACUUGGUCUCCAGACGGUAAUUGGAUUGUUUUCGCAUCGAACCGGGAAUUUCCCGGUACGUUGUUGAUGAAUCUGUAUGUGGUUCACCCAGACGGAACCGGGUUAAGGAAGGUGGCACAGAACUUGACCGGUGCGGUAUCGAUGCAUCCGAUGUUUAGUCCAGACAGUAAGAGAAUCGUGUUCACUACUACUUACGCCGCCAUCUCCGCGGAGUCGAUCGGAAACCCGCAUUUUAACGUCCCGAGCAGUGAGAUAUUUACAGUGAAUUUGGACGGCUCUGAUUUCACGAGGCUCACGCAUAACUCCUUGGAAGACGGACCACCCAUGUGGUUUCCGAAGAUCAAGGCUACUGGUGACGUGGCGUGGCCCAAGAGGUUUGGGCCUAGUUGCGAUCUUGAAGAUUUUAAGCCGCAAAAUACGACCGUGAAAAUGAAUAGGCGUCAAAUGAUGUGUGUUCCUUCACAAUAAUUUACGUACUUAUACUCUCUAAAUUCAAUACAAUACGUUGUUAGGAUAAUUUAUUGUAAGUAUUGGAGUUGCUCCCCCUAAAAAAUAAAGCUUUCAGUUUAAACAUUUUCAAUGUGUUUCAGUGGAAACCAAAUGAUAAAUUGAA